AUGUCGCGUAAUCCUGCCGCCGGGCUCGAAAAUACGCUCUUCCAGCUGAAAUUUACGUCGAAACAGCUGACGAAACAAGCCCAAAAAGCGGCGAAAGAGGAGAAACAGGAGGCUAACAAAUUGAAGAAAGCACUCAACGAAAGCGAGGAAAUAGCACGUCUUUAUGCUUCUAAUUCGGUUCGCAAGCGGAACGAACGCCUCCAGCUGUUGAAAUUGGCGUCCAGGGUCGAUUCCGUAGCGUCCAGAGUUCAAACUGCGGUUACCAUGCGUCAAGUUUCGGGAAGCAUGGCACAAGUGUGCCGAGGCAUGGACAAAGCACUGCAAAGCAUGAAUCUGCAGCAAAUAACAAUGAUUAUGGACAAAUUCGAGCAACAGUUUGAAGAUUUAGACACAAGUGUCAACGUCUACGAAGACAUGGGGGCCAAUUCUGAUGCAGUUGUAGUGGACAACGAUCGUGUUGACGAACUCAUGAAUAAGGUUGCUGACGAAAAUGGUUUGGAAUUGAAGCAAUCGGCCGCUUUGCAAGAUGUGACAGAGGUCCCUUCGAAAACCGACGUAGCAUCCGACGAAAAAGAGCAGAAGCUGGCUCAAAGACUAAAAGCAUUACGCGGGUAA